UAAUGCAUCCAUAUUAUGAGGAUAGUAAUCCUCAUUUAGCAUUUCGUCCUAGGACAUAACCGAUGGAUAGAACGAUGAAAUUGAGAAGAGGAAAUGCACAAAAUACAAGAGGGGUUAAUGAAAUGGAAAAUUUAGGUUAGAAAAUAGUAUUGUUGAAAAAAGAUCUAUUGAUUGUUUCCAAUCUCAUAGAUUAGAGUAUUUAAAGAGAAAAGGCUAUGGAAAUAGAGAGAAGAUUCAAUUUUUGUAAAUUCAUUAGAGAAUUCUUUGAUUAAGCCAAGAAAGAAAAAGAUAAUAAUUCAGAAAUCAGAUUAUGGCCUAAAGACUGUUUUGUAAGAGAUUGUUCAGAUAGAUGUUCAAUUAAUGUUGUCGAAAGGGCUGAUGAGAUGUUUGAUAAUAUAUCUAAGGAAAUUAUUCAAUGGAGAGAUUUGAAUGAAUAAUAAAGAAGAGAAAAACAAAAAAAGGAAGAUUAGAUUCUCAAAUUUGAAAAACAAAUUGAGGAUCUCAUUAUAGAUAAACUCAAAUUUGAAGAAAAACCACCUGUAAUUGCACCUCCAGUAGUUCAAUAACCUAUUCAACCCUAAAUACCUUAAAUACCUGUGAUUCCUCAAGAACCACCUGAUGAGAAAAUGGAAAGUGUAGCCAGAUUUCUAGCAACUUUGUAUUUGGAAGCUAGAAAAUAUCAAUUGACUUUUGAUUAAGUGUUAUCAGAUUCGUUCCCCAUCUAUAAGAUUUAGAAUCCUCAGCAAUAAGUCAAUUCUAAAAGUAUUUUCCCCUUCGCUUUAAUGCAAAUUGAGGGAAAUGAUAUGGUGUAUAAAGUAAGAAAGGAUAAUUGUUUAGAAAGAAACAAUACCGCAUAUUGGGAGAGCUAUUAAGACCAAUAAAUAACAAGUACAUUAUAUUAUUAACAUGAAUAUUUCAAAGAAAAAGUCAAUGAUAUAAUGGAGAUUGCAGAUAUGGAUCAAAUGGUCUAUGCGUAAGGAUUAGAUGAUGAAAAAUUGGAUGAAGAAGAAAAAUUAUUUAAAAAAAAAGUCAAGAGUAGUUCAACAAGAUUGACAGGCGUUAAUGGAGGGCAAUUAAAAUGAUUAUUAAAC